AUGAACCGGCUUCAUGUAGAAAGAAAAUCUAAAAACGAAGAAACAAAACAUGAAGGAGAAAAUAGUUUAACAGAGUCUGAACUCUUGCCUGAAAAGAACCUGAAUAUUGCUUUGGACAAUUGCCUUCCUGUAGUUUCCUGCCACCAUGGGAUGUUUCCAGAGUUCAUUCCGAGAUCAGUGGAAGAAUUGCCUCCUCCCCCCAAAAUAGACAAAUACAAGCUUGCAAGAUUUUUAGCUGAUAAAGCCAUCAGGGAAAGGAGAAUUUUUACCAUCUGUGGUCCUUACCCAGUAAUCCGCUCUUCUUUAAGAAAGAGAGGAUGGGUGGAAAGAAAGAAUAUUCUUAAAUUUGACAUUCAGAACCAUAAAGAUGAAGGGAAUGAAGCAGAAUGUGACAACGGUGUUAACAAUGAAAGCAAGACUGUAUUGCAUGAAGCAGAAAGUCAUUUAAGCAAUUCAAAUGACAUCCAUGAUAUAAUGUCUAGAUUGAUAAGAAAUGAAGAAACAUCUUUUUAUUGGACUACUAAAAAGGAUGCAGUUGAUUACUACACCCUCCAUAUUGAUCAAAUGUUAAACCAUUAUUCAAAAACUGGCUCUUUUACAACCAAAAUAGGACUCUGUUUGCACAUGAGGAAUUUGCCAUGGUAUGUGUCAGUGAACCCAAACAGUUUCUUUCCUCGGUGUUAUGCCAUCUGUUUAGAUGAUGACAAAUCUGCUUUUAUCGAUGACUUCAGAAAAACAGCAGCCUUCUGCAUAAUUAAAUGGGUUGUCAAUUUGCACAUUUCUGAUGACUGGUCGUUUAAAGAAAACAGUGAUAAAGAAGAUGCCAUUCAGGUUAAAGAUUAUGAGUUAAAGAAAGUUAAGGAGCUUCCUGGAGAACUUGCAGAAAUGGCAUGCAAAAUAUGUGAAACCUACCUUGAACAAUUUGAACAUGAAGACAUUGAUGCAGAGACAGAUAAUGUUCCAGUACUUUCAGAAACAGAAUGGAAUCAGUUCAUUGACCACUACUAUUCUCUUAUUCAUGAAGGUGCAGUUAUUUGUAAUGCAGACAGUUAUUUUAUUCAGUGUCAAAAUAUUUUGCAUAAAAUCAGGCUAGUUAACCCACAGCAAGAGAUUGAUGGUCUUCACAACAUCUGGAUCAUUAAACCUGGAGCAAAAUCCCGUGGCAGAGAAAUAGUAUGCAAAAAUCGACUGGAUGAAAUAUUGAAACUUGUUGAACCAACUGAUCAAUUUCCAAUUAAAGAUCAUAAGUGGGUUGUCCAAAAGUAUAUAGAGAAACCACUCCUCAUUUAUGAUACAAAAUUUGAUAUUAGGCAGUGGUUUCUUGUAACAGAUUGGAACCCACUGACUAUAUGGUUCUACAAAGAAAGCUAUCUGAGAUUUUCAACUCAACGCUUUUCCUUAGAAAAUCUUCACAGCUCCAUUCAUCUUUGUAAUAAUUUCGUCCAGAAAAAUUACAAAAACGCAUCAGAUCGUAGUUCUCAGUUGCCAUAUCACAACAUGUGGUCCAGUAGCAAAUUCCAAGAGUAUUUGCAGAAGAGAGGCCUUGGCCAUGUUUGGUGCAACAUCAUCUAUCCAUCUAUGAAAAAAAUCUUAAUAUACAUAAUAAAGAUGGCUCAGGAGCAAGUGGAACCACGAAGGAGCAGCUUUGAACUGUAUGGAGCGGAUUUCAUUCUUGGCAGUGAUUUCAAACCUUGGUUGAUUGAAAUCAACAGUAGUCCAACUAUGCAUCCUUCUACUCCUAUUACAAUGGACCUUUGUGCUAAAGUGCAAGAAGACACAAUCAAAGUUGUGCUUGACAAGAAGCUUGACAAAAAUUGUGAAACCGGAAAUUUUGAACUUCUGUGGAGGCAACCCAUGUUGGAUAUGCCACCAUUUAAUUCUACAGACCUCAUUGUGGAAGGAAUCGGUGUUAAGAAACUGAAAAAGCAUGUGGUCAUCAGUAACUUCAAUUUUAUUGAACCCUUGUUGAACAUAGUGCAGCCUUCAACUAAUCAGGAAAGUAAAGGAGAUUCAAUUCCACCUAUCAACGAGAAGCAUAUCAUAAAAGUAAAACAUGGAAAUAGCACUCUUUGCACCUUGCCAAAGACCCUUGAGAAGAAGUCUGAAAAAAGCACUAAAGUAAAGUCGACUAACAAAAAGCACAUCAAAAUCAUAGACUUCCCUCACAUAACUAUUCUCCAAGAAGCAGCAAUCAUGCCUGAUAAAAAAAAGUCCAAGGCAAUUAAAGAACCCAGACAGCAGACUGGAAAUCAAGCAGCCACCAGCUUUCCAAAUUCAAAUUCAUUAGACUGGGCAUUACUUCAGCCCUCUAAAAAUACAGGUCUACAGAACGAAACCAAGAAGACUCCAUGCCUAGUUUGUGGAGAUGGUUUCCAGUCGGAGAAAACUUGUAAACGCUGCAGCUCUUUUUGUGCAACUGUAUUACAAGGAGGUUCAUACUUACCUAUGAGUCCGUGUUCUGCUCCUGAAAAGAUGGCCAAGACCAGGGUGGCUGCUCCAUAUUAUGGGUUUCCAAAAUACUUUUGA